GGGGAUGGGAUGGGUCAUGAUCACAGGGAUGGGAUGGGGGAUGCUGAGUGCUGGAAAUGGGUGUUGGACAGAAGAAUGGAAUGGGAGGUGAUGGAAGCUGGUCAUGGGAUGAGAAGUGAUGGGUAUUGGUCAUGGGGAUGUGAUGGGAGAUGAUGGAUGCCAGUCACAGGGAUUUGAAGCAGUAGAUUCCAGCUUUGAUCCACACCAAGGGCCACCCCGGACAGCACAACCCCUCCACCCUCAGCCAGGUGACCCAGGGACCCCAAAUCCUGAACUCCAACCCCUCUGCCACAGUUCGAACCAACACCUGAACCUUCCCAGGCCUCCAAACCCCGGUGAUCUGUUGGGAUUUGCUUUUCCCAGGCAGAUCUGAGCCAGCUCCGCCUCCCCUGGGCUCUUCCCGGCAGUUUGGAUUGGAUCUAAUUAAACCUGGAGCAGAGCAGCAAGUGUGGGCAAUCAGACAGGUAAUUAGGGAAAUUCCAGGGCCUCCCCUCCCCCAGACCUCUCACCAGACAGGUUCCCAGCACGGCUCCCACAAUUCCUCCCGGGAAUUGCAGCGUUCCACACACCCAGAGCUUUUUCCAUGGGAGGUUUUCCCCAGGAGGGGAAUCUCCUCCCAGAUCUAUCCCAUCAUUCCUCAGGUGCUCCUCAGCUGUCCCCUGGGCUGGGUUUUGCGUUGUGCCCUUCCCUCCAAACCCCACAGCUCGAAUUCCUCACUGGGUUCAACUGGGAUCAACUGGUGCCAAUUUCCCGUCGCUGAGAAAGUCAAAUUGUCUUCUGCUGUGGAACUUCCGGGUCCAGCAGCUCCUUGACCUGGCUGGUGGUGGUCACUGGACUCCGCGUGCCGGCGGGCAGCACCAUGGCCGAGCGGCUGUCGGAGGAGAAAAUCGCCGAGUUCAAGGAAGCUUUUUCCCUCUUCGACCGCGACGGCGACGGCUGCAUCACCACCAAGGAGCUGGGCACCGUCAUGCGCUCGCUGGGCCAGAACCCCACCGAGGCCGAGCUGCAGGACAUGGUGGGCGAGGUGGACGCCGACGGCAGCGGCACCAUCGACUUCCCGGAGUUCCUGUCGCUGAUGGCCAGGAAGAUGAGGGACACGGACAGCGAGGAGGAGAUCCGGGAGGCGUUCCGCGUGUUCGACAAGGACGGCAACGGCUACAUCAGCGCGGCCGAGCUGCGGCACGUCAUGACCAACCUGGGCGAGAAGCUGACGGACGAGGAGGUGGAUGAGAUGAUCAAAGAGGCCGACUGCAACAACGACGGGCAGGUCAACUACGAGGAGUUCGUGAGGAUGAUGACGGAGAAGUGAUGGUCACCGCCAGAUCCAUCCCGCAGGAACAGAGGUUGUGGUGGUUCUCCCCCAGCCCCUCCAUCCCCUCCCACCUUCUCCACGUUGGAAAAAUCCUCUUUUAUCCCAGUUGGAGCGUCACCAACCGGCGUCCGCAUCAGAUGUGGGAUGCGGAUGGAUUUGGGGUCCCCAUGGGAUGUCUCAUGUCUGUAGAUAUUCCAGAGGCCACUGAAAAUUCCCUGAGUCCAAUAAAAACAUCCCCCCACA